AUGGACUCCGAUGAGUUUGAUGACGACAUCGCAGAUGAAGAUAUUCUCGCUGCCUUGGACCAAGUAUCUUCCUCUAAUGGAGGAAAUCUUGGGUCUACCUCUUCUUCCAAUGGAGCCAAGAGCGGCAACUCCCAUGGACUGAAUCAACGGCAACAAGCAGCACAGGAGCUCGACGACUUGCCAUCGGAUGCCUUCUCCUCACCAGAACCUGCGAGGGGCAACGUACGCGCACCACCAAAGCCUGUAGCAGCUGCUCGCACAGGUUUCAGCCGCACAAACUCUGGAACGCUGCGACAGACGACCUUAUGGGGCGGACAAGCAGCAACGGAAGAUGCCCCUCGCCCAUCUCAGCCCACAACGGCCAGGGUCUUUCGCGCUGACCUGCCCCCUGAACCGCCCAGCCCGCAUGAACUUGACAGAGAGGCGAUGAAGACUUGGGUGUAUCCGACAAAUCUGGGGCCAACUCGAGACUAUCAGUUCAGCAUUGUCAAAAACAGCCUGUUCAAUAACACGCUCGUCGCCUUGCCGACGGGCUUGGGAAAGACCUUUAUUGCCGCGACUGUGAUGCUCAACUUUUAUCGCUGGACGAAAUCGGCCAAGAUUGUCUUUGUUGCGCCAACAAAGCCGCUUGUAACGCAGCAGAUCGAUGCUUGUUACAAUAUUGCGGGCAUCCCUCGAUCAGAGACCACGCUCCUCACCGGUGACAUACCCCCUGCUCUGCGCAGUGACGAGUGGGAGAAGCGACGGGUCUUCUUCAUGACACCGCAAACGCUGCUCAAUGAUCUUUCUCACGGAUAUGCGGACCCCAAGAGUAUCUGCCUCAUGGUUAUCGACGAGGCUCAUCGCGCUGUGGGCGAAUAUGCCUAUGCUAAGGCUACCAAACUCAUCCGGCGCUUUUCCAAUAGCUUCCGGGUGCUGGCCUUGACAGCCACGCCAGGUUCCAAGGUCGAAACUGUACAAGAAGUCAUUGACAAUCUGGGAAUCUCGCAUUGCGAAAUUCGAACGGAGGAGUCCUUGGACAUUCGGCAGUAUGUGCACCAGCGGAAUAUAGACCAGAUCAUUCUCGAGCCCUCGGACGAGAUGAACCUUAUUAGCGAGCUGUUUACCGAGGCACUCAAGCCGUUGACGGAGAAGCUGACCGCCCAAAAUAUAUGGUAUGGGCGGAAUCCGAUGGCUCUCACAACGUACGGUUUGAUUCAGGCGCAGAAGGAGUGGUUUGCCACGCGUGGGAAUCGUGCCAACCAGGGCGUCCAGUUCAUGAUGCGGGCCAUCUUCAGCGUUUUAACAAGCCUCGCUCAUUCGAUCAAGCUAUUGCAGUUCCAUGGCAUCAAACCUUUCUACGACAACAUGGUCGACUUCCGCAGUGAACAAGAGGACAAGGGCGAGAAGGGAUCAAAAUACAAACGCCAGAUCAUCGACAGCCCCAGCUUCCAAGAAAUGAUGGAUAAGAUUGCCGGAUGGCUCAAGAUGGACGGCUUUGUGGGACAUCCAAAGCUGACGGCCUUGGCGGACUGCGUGCUUAACCAUUUCAUGGACAAUGGGGAGAGUACUCGGGUGAUUGUGUUCAGCGAGUACCGUGAUUCAGCGGAAGAGAUUGUGCGCAUGUUCAAUGCCCACAGGCCGCUCAUCAAAGCUACCGUCUUUGUUGGGCAGGCAGACGGCAAGCGCGGCGAGGGUAUGAAGCAGAAGCAGCAAAUAGAGACGAUUGAGAGGUUCAAGACUGGCGCUUACAACGUCCUUGUUGCCACCUCCAUUGGAGAAGAGGGUCUGGACAUUGGCCAGGUCGAUCUUAUUGUGUGCUACGACUCCUCGGCAUCACCGAUUCGCAUGUUGCAGCGCAUGGGCAGAACGGGUCGAAAGCGCGCAGGCAACAUUGCGCUGCUGCUGAUGAGAGGGAAAGAGGAGGAGCAGUUUGCCAAGUCCAAAGACAACUACGAAAAGAUGCAGAGGCUCAUCUGCGAAGGAAGCCGGUUCAACUUCCGGUUCGACCUCUCUACGAGAAUUGUGCCCCGGGACAUACGGCCGGAGAUUGACAUGCGACAUGUUGAGAUUCCAGUCGAGAACACUCAGAACACGUCGUUACCAGAACCAAAAAAGCGACAAGUGCCCCGGGGCAAAAAGAAGCCACCCAAAAAAUUCCACAUGCCGGAUGGAGUACAGACUGGCUUUCAAAAAGUCAGCGACUUCAUGAAGCCAUCGGCAGGCACAGGCCGAACUGCCUCCAAUUCCAACCCAAAGCCAAGGCGAAACCCCGAGCUGGAUGACAUAGCGGCAAUUCCUGAACUGGAACGUGUUGUUCUUGGCCCGGAUGAGCUUCAUGAGCUCGAGCGAACGUACCGGAAUUUGCCCUUCAGCCAUAGCGUGGUUGAAGACACAAAUAUGCCAGACAUGACGGCUCAGUCGACGUUACAACGACAGCUACGGCCAACUGUCUUAUUUGGGCAUGGGCCAUAUACGAAACGCUGCGUCAAGCUGCUACGAAAGAUGGAGGCAGAUCCCGAUAGCUUCGUGAGGCCUUGUCGAGACGUGGACACGAGCAAUUUCCUCGAGAUUCCAGUUAGGCCUUUUGUAUAUUCCGAUAAUGGCGAGACAGAUGCGAGCGAUGACCAAUCUGAAGCAGAAGGGAUAAAGCGAACAUUCGUGGAUCUUGAUUCGGAUGAUGACGCUACGCUGGUUGAGGCUCAGCAGCCGAAGAAAAGGAAGGUCGCGGCCACAAAGCCUCAGCCCAAGAAGUCUCAACCCAAAAAGACGCUCAAGUCUGCUGUGUUGGAUUCAGAUGACGAAGACUUGCUCGACUCUGAGCUCGACAUCGAUGCCCCGGAGGAAGAGCCUGGGUUGCCGCCCAGACUCAGCGAGGCAAAGCGGCGGAAAAGGCUGAAUGCAAAGUCAAAGGGCAAAUAUUCUCGGAAAGCAGCCAUUGGCAGUGACGAGAUAGGGGAUGAUUGUGAAAGAGACAGCGAUCUGCUCGACGAGAGUGACUCGGACGAUGGAGCAGACCUGGUGGAUUUUGUUGUUGGAGAUGACCAAGCAACGUCUAGCAUGCUUGAUUCCGAAGCGACGUCUCCUAUACGGCAGAACGAGCGGACGCCGCGAGCUGAGGCAAGCAAACCAUAUUUUGUGCCGACACAGUUCACGGCAACGCAAGAGAGCGAAGACGUUCCCGAACUCGAUACACUUACGGGUAAAUCCGCGUUUGAGAGAUGGGCGAACGGAGGGUCCGAAGAGGCGGCACCCGCUGGGAGGAGGCGGCGCGGAAGAGCCACAUUAUUAGACAGUGACGAUAGUGACGUCUGA